CCCUUAACUACUGGCGUUGCUACACGCCCCUCUACCCCCCUCCUUCUAUCAAACAGAGUGCGGCCUAGCUUCACCGUAACACCACCGCCUCCACACCCACACACAACCACCGGCAGGAGCCUUAUCACCCAAAGGGUGACUGACCAUCUGCUCCCUGUUUCGCUGCCUUAUCAUCUACCGUGCUUAAAUCCACCUCUCUCUCCACUUUCUUUCGCUUCUGGUACACCAACAAUCCCCCAUCACGGCGUCAAAUUUCCUGCCUCUUCGCUACUCUUUAUCUCAAUUUCUGGAACAGUCACAAAACCUAUCUUCCGAUAUCUUUCCUUCGGGCGUUUAGUCGUGGAGCCAGGACAAUGGCUCGCGUUUAUGCAGAUGUCAAUCAGCAUAUGCCCAGGACAUACUGGGACUAUGACUCGGUCAAUAUUCCGUGGGGUGUUCUUGAGAACUACGAGGUCGUGCGCAAAAUUGGUCGAGGUAAAUACUCGGAAGUAUUCGAAGGAAUAAAUAUCACAAAUUACCAGAAAACUGUUAUCAAGGUUUUGAAGCCAGUCAAAAAGAAGAAGAUUAAGCGCGAGAUCAAGAUCCUGCAGAACCUCUCUGGAGGUCCAAACAUUGUCGCUCUGUUAGAUGUUGUUAGGGAUCCACAGAGUAAGACACCUUCGUUAAUAUUCGAGUACAUAAACAACACCGACUUUCGCAGCCUCUACCCGAAGUUCCAAGAUUACGAUGUGCGCUACUAUAUCUACGAGCUGCUCAAGGCACUCGACUUCUGUCACAGCAAGGGUAUCAUGCAUAGAGACGUCAAGCCCCACAAUGUCAUGAUCGACCACGAGAAGCGGAAGCUGAGAUUGAUUGAUUGGGGUCUCGCCGAGUUCUACCACGCUGGGACCGAAUAUAAUGUCCGCGUUGCAUCGAGAUAUUUCAAAGGCCCAGAAUUGCUUGUUGAUUAUCAGGAAUACGACUAUUCCCUCGAUCUCUGGUCUCUAGGUGCUAUGUUUGCGUCAAUGAUCUUCCGCAAGGAGCCUUUCUUCCAUGGAAACUCUAACUCAGACCAGCUCGUCAAGAUUGCAAAGGUCCUAGGCACGGAGGAAUUGUUCGACUACCUCGACAAAUACGACAUUGAGCUCGAUACCCAAUACGACGAUAUUCUAGGGCGAUUCCCCAAGAAGAGUUGGCACCAAUUCGUUAAUGCCGAUAACCAGCGUUUCGUCAGCAACGACGCUCUCGACUUUUUGGACAAAUUGUUAAGAUAUGAUCAUCAGGAACGUCUGACUGCAAAGGAGGCUAUGGCUCAUCCUUACUUCGAGCCCGUUCGAAGAGCAGCAUCGACACCGAAUCAUGGAUCAUCAUCCCAUGCUUAGAUGUAAGCAAAUAGAAACACUUGGCCAAAUCGACGCGAGGCGUUGCCAGUGUAUUCUUUGUUCUUAGUUUUCUUGAAUCAUGGCUACAAUUAUGUCCGUUUUCCCACGAUCACCCUCUCAUACGCUCCUCUACAUGCAUAUCCAUUUUUUACGUUCUAUCGACUUGUUUUCCUCCGUGCCUCUGAUAGUGUGGUAUUUUCUCGGCUCUUUUCUCUUAGUUUACUUUUUUUCCCUUCUCCUUAGCCUUCUUGGUCUAUAUUAAAGUUUGUUGUGCUCACCCAUUCUACCCAAAAUGAGAAAGGUUGUCCUCCGUGCCCGUUUCUAUUCGGCUCCUGUUUUGGUACGAUAUGGUAAUUAUUUUUCAGCUAAGUUACUCACCAGGUUCGCAUUUCCUCGUUACAACACUGCCCCGAUCCAUCCAUCCAUUCCAUCAGCUGCCGUAUUCCCCUAUGCCCUUAGCAUCCCUUUCUGAACCUCUUUCCUCUUCCCACUUUUCCGAUUUUCCCACUCCCUUCUUUUCUUCUUUUCUUCUCUUCCUUCCAGAUCCCCUCUAUCUGGGUGUUGGCAUGUAAGGCAUUGAAUAGUUAAUGAAAGC